UGUUGUACCUAAUGCUAGUGAACAGAUUUGUCGUGACACAAACUAGCUACACAUUGGCACAAAAGCCAUGAAAAGAUGCCCCUUCACGGGAUUAAAACACUCAAACAAGCGACAAGAAGUCCGGUAAAACUUUGCUUAAGUGUAAACAAACUUUGAUAGAAUAUAACCCGAGCCACUUCCCCACAGUUCCGAGUGUGUUAGCAUUGUUUUAUCUCACCACUAUAUUGCCAUUGGACGCGUCUUUUUUUAUUUUCUCUUCUUCUGGACCUGUCCAGUCUGAUGAAUUCACCGAAAAAAGACGGAGACGAUGAUGAUGUACCCGUUAAAGACCCGGUGAAAUAUGGCGAGCUGGUCAUUUUGGGGUACAAUGGCUCUCUUCCUUGCGGCGACCGGGGGCGCAGAAAGAGUCGCUUCGCUUUGUACCGAAGGACCAAGGCCAACGGUGUUAAACCCAGUGCUGUUCACAUCCUCAACACCCCACAGGACAGCAAGGCUGUACACAGCAGGGGGCAGCACAGCAUUUCUUUCACUCUCUCCCGCAACCAGACCGUGGUGGUGGAGUACUGCCAUGACAACAACACAGACAUGUUUCAGAUAGGACGCUCCACAGAAAGUCCCAUCGACUUUGUGGUGACAGAUACAUCGGGAGGGGGGAAAGAGGGCGAGGACCCCUCCAUCGCUCCAAGCACGAUCUCACGCUUUGCCUGCAGAGUUGUGUGUGAACGCAACCCACCCUACACCGCACGGAUUUAUGCUGCAGGCUUCGACUCCUCCAAAAAUAUCUUCCUCGGAGAAAAAGCAACCAAAUGGAAAAACCCAGAUGGGCACAUGGAUGGUCUGACUACCAACGGAGUUCUAGUGAUGCACCCUGAAGGUUUUCCAGAGGAUCCCAAACAGGGACUGUGGAGAGAAAUCUCUGUCUGUGGUGACGUCUACGCCCUGAGAGAAACACGCUCUGGACCCAGCAGGGGCAAACUGGCAGAGGGAGAGAGCAGUGCACUACGAGAUGGUUCCCUUGUUGACCUGUGUGGUGCCACCCUGCUGUGGCGUACAGGUGAGGGGCUCAUGCGUGCUCCCACCCUGCGCCACCUAGAGGCACUUCGCCAGGAGUUAAAUGCGUCCCGGCCCCAGUGUCCAGUAGGCCUCAGCACACUGGCCUUCCCCAGCCUGCCACGCAGCCACAGCCUUGAAGAACGCCAGCCUUGGGUCUACCUCACUUGUGGCCAUGUCCACGGGCGUCAUGACUGGGGUCAGAGAUCUGAGGGAGAGCAGGAGCCGCGAGAGGGCGAGGGCUCCACCACCCGUCGAGAAUGUCCCCUGUGCAGGAGUGUGGGUCCCUAUGUGCCCCUUUGGCUGGGCUGUGAACCUGCCGUGUAUGUGGACGCCGGCGCUCCUUCACACGGUUUUGUGCCGUGCGGUCACGUCUGCUCAGAGAAGACAGCCAGGUACUGGGCCGAGACCCCGCUCCCUCACGGGACUCACGCCUUCAGACCCGUCUGCCCCUUCUGCUCCGCGGCCCUCAACAACCCCGGCUGGACACGGCUCAUCUUCCAGGGCCCCAUCGACUAGUCGCUACAACACAGUAACCACUAUAACAGAAACAGGAAGAUGCCUGAGGUUCAUUCAUGUUGCAAACAUUUACCAGAAUGGAAAGGUAAUUAAAUAGGAGUGUUUAGUGUCAUUUUUACAUUAUUGCAUUUUUCUCAGUCGCUUUUGUGCAUUUCUCAGAUCAGAAUUAAAAUGCUCAAAAAUCGUCAUUUAGUCAAAACAAAGCCGAUUAUGAACAAAUGUUCUGACAAGUUAAUGCAACUGUCGGCUAAUUCCUAGAUUUACUAAUCACAUAUUUGAUCAGAAUCUAUUAUACCAGUUCUAUAUUGAAUCUUCUUACCCCCUAAAUUGAUCCCUGAGGAGUAUCUAAUUAACACCACUUUGUAGAGAGAACAAGUAAUUUAACAAUGUACACUUGCUGUAAUCUCCUUACACUCACUAUAAUUCUUCACAUUGCAGUUAUUUAUUUUUUGUCAAAAUCUGUCAAAACAAUUCGACUACAGAGACAGAAAAAAUGUGAAUGUGAUCUUGUCUGUGUAUCGUAAACAGAAAUGAAAAUCAUCGUCAUCAAAACUACUGAAAGGGUUAAUAUUUUGAUUAGCAUUUUCACAAGUACUGACUCAGUAGUUUUUGCAAAUAGUGUUAUUUUUAUGUGUUUACUUACUUUGUAUAUACCAGGGAUUUGGGAAAUGUACCAAAGCGACUGAGUAAAAGCACAUGUGUUCUGCAGUCAGUAUUCCACCGUGUCAGUGAACACUGCACGGAGCUAUUUGUCUUGUUUAUCCUUCUGUCCUUGUUAAUUGGUAUAAGAUGAGAAUGAUGGGUGGUUAAAACAAGUGCAGUAUAUACUUUUCACCAACACUCCCUUUGGGCUUCCGUAGUUCAUAGUGGUGCAGCACUGCAGCAUUACCUCAUAGCGACUGACAAGAUGGCAGCAGUGAAGAGUUAAAGGCUCCGUCUCCUUGACAGCACCUGACACACCUACACUCUACCAUAUCGUCAUGUGUUAGAUUUAAAUCAUUUGCCCCAUUUGAAAUUCGACUCUUGCAUUCAUACUGAAUGGAACGACCAGCUGAUUUAAAUUCACAUCUUUAUUCAACAGACCAUAUUUUAAAACUCCAACUCUGGAGGGCUUGGAGGCUUUUGCUUCCGUGCACAUUUCUAAUGUUCCACACCAAAGACAUUAUUAACCAUUAUUAAAACCAGGUUUUCAUCUUCUAUAUUAAAAAUCUGUGUAGGGUGCAAUCUAUACAGAAGCCUGCCAUAAACGAAACCCGCUGUGUACAAUUAGACUCCUGCUGAAACCUGAAGACUCUUUGAUUAGCAUUGAAGCACCGGAGGGAACAGUUCAGACUACACAAGGCCACGUUCUUAUCCAGAUUAACAAGCAGACAAGGGAUAAACAAAGGCUGGGAAUUGAAAUGGGUGAACUCCACUACAUAACUCCCUAAAGCAAUAAUAGCACUCUCAUAGAUAAGCUACUGUAUAUGUUGUGCUAUGUUUUUAGCCAAGUGGUGUGCCAGUGCCAGUUAACAUAACAAGGCAGAGAUGGAGUCCAGGUUAAGGGCUCAACCAGAGGUGUGUUCAAUUCCAUUGUAUGUUCAUGGGGUAAUUACAAAAUAACCAAAGGCUGAGAAUGUUAAGAUGAGAAUCUGAAUCUGUUUUGAUACUCACGUUAGGUCCAUUGAGUUGGCAGACAGUGACUCGGGUGGUGGAGCACGUUAGCCAAAGUUCACCUAGGUUUGUGGUUUGAUCCUCAGCUCCCCUGAAUCCAAGUCAAAUAUGCAGAGAGUGAUCCACUGUGUCAAGCACUGGUAGGAAAGAUAACAUUUAGAAUGAAAUAACACUGUAGCCAUCACACAUGACCAUCGUACAUUGUUAAGUUAACAUGAACACACCUCUGGUUACUGGAAUAUGCUGAACAGGGUCCAUGUUAGUAAGAUGGAGUGUCAUAAAAGUUUAACCUUGCAUAACCUCAAAAGAAAACACCUUUUUUUCAGUUGUUUGUUUUAAAGAAAGCUAUUUUGUUAGGAAAUGGGGAGGGAUUUAUUUUGGGGAGUGGGGGGAAUUCUUUUAGAUGUUCAGUGUUUAAAAAAGAAAAAAAAAUCAACUAUUUUUCUAACAGAUACUUGGUUUUAGUCAACUGUUGUUACUCAGUGUAAGCAAAUUCUGUAUGUUUCUGAAUAUUCUCGUGUGGUAGAUGUAGGAGAGCUUGUGAGUGAGAAAAUAUUGCCAACACUGUGUCCAACAAACACACUUAACACACUGCUACCGUAAAAACAUUGCCCAGACAAUGAAUGUAGCCAAAUACUCAGGCUAUGUUAAGCCUUCCCUGGUGCUCAUAUUGAAUGGUCUAUAUUGUGAUACUAUUUUUGUAACUGAAUAUUAUGGUGUAGCUUGGUGAACUAGCUCAAAGCAGUCCGAUGAUUUCAAUAAUAGCCUCAAGUAUGGAAGUCGUAUAAGUGACAAUACACACUCACAUGGAAAUUGUGUCUAGCUUGCAUGUGCUGAACGUACACAUACAGUAUGUACACUACACACUUAACACGGAAACUUUGCAUGGUGGAUCGCCAACCUGUUACUCGUGCUGAGAGCGUUUGAUGCAGACCCAGAUGUCUUCCGAGUACUCAGCUGUCACAACUGCAGAGCAUUAGUUUUGUCUGGAAGACGUCUCAAAAAAACAAAGACAGGAAGGAAGAGAGUAAAUUCGGCAGAGAGCCUAAAAAAAAAAAGAAAAAUCCUCAUACUUGAUAGAUGUGUGAUGUUUGUGAAUGAGAACCAUCAAAUACCACAAUAGUACUACUAUGCUAACACUUACCACCAAACCAGUUCACUGCAGAAAGAUGUCCACAUCAACACACGGCUGUGUUUAGACCCAUCAUGGUAUGCUUCAAGGCAGCAAACAUCAGCUUACUCUUUCCAUUUGAAGUCUAAAUACAGGAGUUCAGCUCCUCACAGAGUGUGGUGGACAACUGAUGCAGUGUUGAUAAUUACUGUAGCUCAGGAUUAGUGAUUUCACAGUCACAGCUGGUAAGACCUGAAGGAAGCUCCAGGAGAGAGGAGGGCAGCGCAUAGGUCACCGCCGGUCCAGGAUCAGUCACAUACGGGUCUCACUGCAGCAUACGUGGAUCACGCAAUGAAACCAUCUCGAUCAGCUGCCUUUUACUAAGCACGCCAAAUCCAGUGAAUCCUGCUUUUGAAGAUAUAUACAGCAAUUAAUGUAACACAUUGGCAUGUGGAUGGAAAAACUGCUGCAGCACCCUGACAAAACGUCUUAUGACCCAACUUUUAUUUUUCUUUACAUCUCAUUUGCGUUCUUUAUUUAAUCCCUCUUGGGGUGACGCGUGUCCAUAUGCAAUUUCCUUUUAUUUGUUUUUAGACCUGAAAAUUAAAGUCGGUCACUUUUAGUAUCGCGUCCAGUUGUAAUAAUAAGAAUAAUACCACCCGUGACAUCAUUAGCUCUUCCCUAACUAUUUCAUUUUAUAUACAUGUAUAUUUAAAAGUAUCAGUUAACCUUCAUUCCACAUGGCAAAACCUCAACCUCCUCAAGUGAGUGGGGGACACUUAUUCUACAGCGGAUAAACCUCACAGUUAACAAUGCAUUCCUUUAAAUACAUCUGUGUUUUGUACAGCUAUUUUGUAUUAUUUUAUAUCAUAUUCUUCUGUAAUUGUCCGGUGCACAGACAAUCGCUAUACACAUGUCAAUAAACCUGUUAAAAAGUC